AUGGGAGCAAGCGUGUUCUUAACUUUGCAUUAUUGUUCGAUGUGCGCGAAUGCAAGAGGAAGCAAUGAUAAAAGAGAACGGGCUAGGGGAAGAUGGCAAAAUAAAGAUCUAAGCAAAAGUUCAGUAAAAAGUAUAUCAGCCAAUCUUCGCAGCGAAAGAGAACUUAUGGUAGUGAAGAACACUCACAAAAAACGGAAGAAGGUAAAGCGACAUGGCCCCAGAAAGCGCAAGCAUCACAAGAAGGCUCAGGAAACGGCCAAGGCGAAGCGGAAAACGCCGAAAUCAGACAAGUUCAAGAAGUUAGGCGGUCGUACCAAAUCAACUCAAGGUGACGAAGAAACGAAAGAAACGCAAGUAGGAAUUACAUACUGCACAGAUGACGGGCUUGACGACACCAAUCUGGAUGCACCCUCCUUCGAACCUAUCCUAUGGCCUCCUUCGAGUGACGAAAGGCGGCAGCAUGUCGGAGAGAGGAUUGGAGACGAAGAGUUUAACACAGCACUAGAAGGAGAUAAGAACGAACCUGCGGAAGAAUGCAAAGCCGCUGCUUUCGAUAGUAGAACUGCAGCGCCUACAUCAGGAAGCAAUGUAGUCAAUGCUGAAGAAAGUACUGUAGACUUAUAUAAUUUUCAUUAA